AUGAAUGUGUUGUUUUUCGCCAAGAAUAUAAACACGAUCACUCUUUACACUGAGUGCAACAGACAGCGAUACCUACAGGUCCUACUGGAAACCUCAGACAACACGUCCUACAGUCAGGUCAAGUGUAGAGGACCUUUGGCCACUCGGGACUGUCCCCAGGGCUCAGUGUGUGUGGACGACCUGAGGGGUGGGGGAACCUGUUGCUUCGGCAAACCUGACCCAGCAGAGAAGCCUGGGACCUGCCCGGCUGUGAACAGUGCGGUUGGCAGUGAAGAUCGAUGUUCCAGGUUCAUCUGCUACAAUGGGGGAUACUGCAUCAGUCGCUAUGACUACCCCCCUACCUGUGUGUGUCCACCUGAUUUCACCGGACGACGAUGUGAAAAAAAAUUGACUACUGUCAGAUGUCCAGCUAAAGAAAAAAAUGGAUUUGUAAUAGAUGAAGGAAAAGAAUGUCGAGAUGACUUAUCUUGUGCAGAUGAUCAUAUCUGUUGUAACUUCGCUACUGGCAGAAGAUGUACUUACGUGCCCAAUCACCUUGAACUCCUCUACAACCCUACCUGUGGCGGGUGUCCCGUACCUGAGGAUUGCAUGAAAAUAGGUAAAAAGUACAGGUGCGUCAUCCUCGAGUGAAACCAUAAAACAAGCUGGAAUUCAUAAUAAUCCAGUCGAUUUACCUUACUAAUUUAAAACUCCAAUAGAACCUUAAUAUAAAACCAUUAUAAAAUUUUAUAAAAACUGCUAAUUGUAUGCCUAUUUGUUUUUGUGAUUAAACUAUAUUCCUUUUAUCCUAAUCUCAAUAAAUUGUCAAAAAGCAUACUACAAAUAAACUUGUGUGAAUAAAAUGUC